UAUCUCAUAUACCGAGAAAGUGCUUGGUAUCUUCCAAUUUCAAACUAUCUGACCUGUCAUCAUCCAAUAUUCUAUUCAAUUCACAUUGACUUUCCAUUCCACAUGAACCAACGACCACACUGAACUCUUUCAAUCACCUCCAUCCAUUCACAGCAACACAGUAGCAAUGGAGGAGACAACAAAACACUCUCCUCCUAUACAAGGUGUAGUAAUAAUCACACUACCCCCACCUGACAACCCUUCAUUAGGCAAAACCAUAACUGCAUUUACACUCUCUGAUUCACCACCAACCCAUCAUCAACCACAACAAGAAGAACCAUCACAAUCACAAUCACAAUCGCAAAUAACUCAACCGAAUAAUCAAGAUUCAGAUACUAGUAGUAACUUUCUUCAUGUUUCUUUACAAAGAUCGUUUCUUUUUCGACCAAGAAUCAUUCUUGGACUUCUGGGUAUUUCUAUUAUCGCAUUAUCCUUCUGGUCUUCACUCACUACACAAGAUACCCUUUUUGAAUUACGUGAUGUUGACCAUGAUAAUAAGAGUUCAAACAGUGCGUUUAUUCUUCCUUUGUAUCCUAAGCGUGUUGGUGGGGACUGGAAGUCGAAGAAGGAUGUUGAGUUUAAACUUGGGAGGUUUGUGAAUUUCAAACCGGAUAUUGUAAUGGAGAGGGUCAUGGAUGGAGAAAAGAUUGAUAAGUCUGUUUCUGCUGCUACUAAGUUGGAGUACUCUUCUGUUAAUUUUCCUGUCAAGGGUAAUAUUCAUUCGGAUGGGUUGUACUACACAUAUAUGCUUGUCGGGAAUCCUCCUAAGCCUUAUUUUCUUGAUAUUGAUACGGGAAGUGACUUGAUGUGGAUCCAAUGUGAUGCUCCAUGCACUAGUUGUGCCAAGGGAGCCCACCCGUUGUACAAGCCCAGAAAUUUCAAUAUGAUACCUCCCAGAAACCCCUAUUGUGUUGAGGUUCAAGAGAAUCUGAGAUCCAAGUAUUGUGAUAAUUGCCAUCAAUGUGAUUAUGAGAUAGAAUACGCUGACCACAGCUCUUCUCUUGGGGUUCUCGCAAAGGAUGAACUUCAAUUGGUGCUUGCAAAUGGGACAGGAACCAAGCCAAAUGUUGUUUUCGGCUGUGCGUAUGAUCAGCAAGGCACACUUCUUAACACUUUAGCAAGUACCGAUGGGAUCCUUGGACUUAGCAGAGCUCCAAUCAGUUUGCCUUCUCAGCUAGCGAGUCAUAGGUUCAUCAACAAUGUUAUUGGACAUUGUCUUCGCACUGAUACAAAUGGGGGCUACUUGUUCUUAGGCAAUGACUUUGUCCCACAGUGGCGGAUGUCUUGGGUCCCUAUGCUGAAUACCCCUUUUCCAAAUCUUUAUCAAGCACAAUUGAUGAAAAUGAACUAUGGAGGCAAAGAACUUCGAUUAGGCAGCACGAGCGAUGGGCACGGUACUGUUGUGUUUGACACUGGCAGUACUUAUACAUAUUUUACAGAUCAAGCAUACAACACUUUAAUUGCCAUGCUUGAAGAGAUCUCCAGUGAAGAUCUUACCAAGGAUGCAUCAGAUACGACAUUACCCAUUUGCUGGCGAUCUAAAUUUCCAGUAAGAACUAUUGCAGAGGUUAGACAAUUCUUCAAACCUCUAAACCUUCAAUUUGGAAGCAAGUGGCGUAUCGUGUCCACUAAGCUUUUGAUUCCUGCAGAAGGGUAUUUGACUAUAAGUGAAAAGGGUAAUGUGUGCUUAGGUAUACUUGAUGGAAGCAACAUUCAUGAUGGUUCUGCUAUAAUACUUGGAGAUAUUUCACUUCGUGGUCAGUUGUACGUGUAUGACAACGUUAACCAGAAGAUUGGGUGGAUAAGAUCAAAUUGUGAACGACCACACAAACUUUCUAGUCUUCCAUUUUUUUGACGAAGAACAACAUAACUCAAUUUCUACACUGUAUUCUUCCUAUUCUAUAUGUUUGGUAAGAGUGUCAGUUAUGCUAAAAGGUUUUACUCCUUUUAGCCAGAAGUAGAGGCUGUAUGUAAUUGUUUAUGUUCUGCUUUCUGAUGUAGGUAUGGUCUCAUGGUGUGCA